CUCGCCGACUCCUGGGAUCAUGUCUGCGCUCCACUGUGCCUGGUCCUGGUGGGCAGACCCGCCCUCCCUCCAUUCUUCCGGGAGCUCAGGCCGCCCCAGGCGCCGCUUAGUUGCUUGGAGUCUACUGCACGCUUCCUCAGCACGGGAAAGGACAGUGCUGGUUUCGGAAAGAACGAAGGAACUUUGGUAGUCCUGGCCGAACCACUGACGCAAGGCAAGGUAGCGAGCGCUUCCGCAGGAGUCGCAGGAGUCCUAUCUGGGAGGGCGCUGGGAGAGACCCGUCACACCUAAGGACAGCUAUUGCUUUUGGUGAGGACACCACCUGAAAAGGUCACCAAAGACAAUUGGAGUUCAUUUCAGCUACUUGAAGAAUCAGAGCCUCUACCUUUGUCUCACUCCAGGCAGCUCUUCCCCAGAACAGGAAUUGCUUCUCCAGCUCCCCUUGGACCAUGUCACUGGAAGGAAGAGGAGGAAUGCUGUGAACCUGAGCCAGGAGUCAGCUUGGAGCCAUUUGCCUUUACCUGCUCAGUCAAGUGACAGUUCAGAGCCUAGGAGUCCUGAAAAACAGGGGCACAGUGAGGAUGAGUGUGGAAGAGAGCACCUCAGCUCCCUUCUACACAACCUCAGAUACCAACAAGGUUAUUGCCACCUUUUCUGUUGUGGACUAUGUGGUAUUUGGCCUGUUGCUGGUUCUCUCCCUUGCCAUUGGGCUCUAUCAUGCUUGCCGUGGAUGGGGCCGGCAUACUGUUGGUGAGCUGCUGCUGGCAGACCGAAAAAUGGGCUGCCUUCCUGUAUCACUGUCCCUGCUGGCCACCUUCCAGUCAGCGGUAGCCAUCCUGGGGGCACCAGCUGAGAUCUACCGAUUUGGAACCCAGUAUUGGUUCCUGGGAUGCUCCUACUUUCUGGGGCUCCUGAUCCCUGCUCACGUCUUCAUCCCAGUCUUCUACCGCCUGCAUCUUACCAGUGCCUAUGAGUACCUGGAGCUUCGCUUCAAUAAAGCAGUGCGGAUCCUGGGGACUGUGACCUUCAUCUUUCAGAUGGUGAUCUACAUGGGAGUUGCUCUCUAUGCACCAUCCUUGGCCCUCAAUGCAGUGACUGGAUUUGAUCUGUGGCUGUCAGUUCUGGCCCUGGGGAUCGUCUGCAACAUCUACACAGCACUGGGUGGGCUGAAGGCUGUCAUCUGGACAGAUGUGUUCCAAACACUGGUCAUGUUCCUAGGGCAGCUGGUGGUUAUCAUUGUAGGCUCUGCCAGAGUAGGCGGCUUGGGGCAUGUAUGGGAUGUGGCCUCCCAGCAUAAACUCAUCUCUGGGAUUGAGCUGGAUCCUGACCCAUUUGUGCGUCAUACUUUCUGGACUUUGGCCUUUGGGGGUGUCUUCAUGAUGCUGUCUUUGUAUGGUGUGAACCAGGCUCAGGUGCAGCGCUAUCUCAGCUCCCGCUCAGAGAAGGCUGCUGUGCUCUCCUGCUAUGCCGUGUUCCCCUGCCAGCAAGUGGCCCUCUGCAUGAGCUCCCUCAUUGGUUUGGUCAUGUUUGCCUAUUAUAAGAAAUACACUAUGAGCCCCCAGCAAGAGCAAGCAGCACCUGACCAGUUAGUCCUCUAUUUUGUCAUGGACCUUCUGAAGGACAUGCCAGGGCUGCCUGGGCUCUUUGUUGCCUGCCUCUUCAGUGGAUCCCUCAGCACCAUAUCAUCUGCAUUCAAUUCACUGGCAACCGUCACCAUGGAAGACCUCAUUCAACCCUGGUUCCCUGAGCUGACCGAAACCCGGGCCAUCAUGCUUUCCCGAAGCCUUGCCUUUGCCUAUGGGCUGAUUUGCCUGGGAAUGGCCUAUAUUUCCUCUCAUCUGGGAUCAGUGCUCCAGGCAGCACUCAGCAUCUUUGGCAUGGUUGGAGGGCCACUGCUGGGACUCUUCUGCUUGGGGAUGUUCUUUCCUUGUGCCAACCCUCUUGGCGCCAUCGUGGGCCUGUUGACUGGACUCACCAUGGCUUUCUGGAUCGGCAUUGGGAGCAUAGUGAGCAGGAUGAGUUCUGCCGUGGUGUCCCCUCCCAUUAACGGGUCCAGCUCCUUCCUGUCCAGCAACCUGACCAUGGCCACUGUGACCACCCUGAUGCCUUCCACCACCCAGUCCAAGCCCACAGGACUGCAGCGGUUCUACUCCCUGUCCUAUUUAUGGUACAGUGCACACAAUUCCACCACAGUCAUCGUUGUGGGCCUGAUUGUCAGUCUGCUUACCGGGGGAAUGCGGGGCCGGACCCUGAACCCCGGCACCAUUUAUCCUGUGUUGCCAAAGCUCCUCUCACUCCUGCCCUUAUCCUGCCAGAAGCGGCUUUGCUGGAAAAGCCACAGCCAGAAUGCUCCAAUGGUCCCCAAACUGUGUCCAGAGAAGAUGAGGAAUGGAGUGCUGCAGGACAGCAGGGACAAAGAGAGGAUGGCUGAGGAUGGCCUAGCCCACCAGCCAUGCAGUCCUACCUAUGUUGUCCAGGAGACCUCCCUGUGACCUAUGAUGGGGACUCAAGUCUGUCCACCCUGCAGGACAGCAGCCACCGGUUAUUUUACAGUACAGCGAUGAGUCACUACACGUCUUCUGCAAGGGCGGGUUGCAUGACCUAGCACACAACAAAGGAACUUGAUCUUUUUGUUUUGUUUUUGUUUUUUCGAGACGGUUUCUCUGUUGCUUUGGAGGCUGUCCUGUAACUAGCUCUUGUAGACCAGGCUGGUCUCGAACUCACAGAGAUCCGCCUGCCUCUGCCUCCCAAGUUCUGGGAUUAAAGGCGUGUGCCACCACCCACAGGACCUUGAUCUUUAAUGUUUUCACCUCCAUGGACGCUGUUGUAUGCAAGGGUGACAGGGGUUUCCCUUAUCCCUUGCCAGUCACUCUUAGGAUCAGGUUUGAGAGGUACAGAACUACAUACAAGUUGGACAAUCAAUGAAUACACAGAGAAAGGAUGGCUUUUGAUUAAAGUAUGACCAGAGAGAGUCCUUUGGGAAGGAAUAGGAACAUUUCUUGUAACUGCCCUAGGGCCUGAUUUGGUGAGAUUGACCAGCUCCUCCAUUAAGCAUGAAGUCCUUGGCUUACCUGUUGGUUCCCUCCCCCUUCGUGUCAGCCAUCUGUGGGCACCUGAACGUGAGUUCAGGGUAUCUGUAAUACUCAAGCCCCCUCUCAUUCUUAUCUGCUGCCUACCUCGAUUCUUGAGAGGGAGUAUCCUGGGUCUCAGAGCAGACAGUUGUGUAACAUCUGCUUUGUAGAGGGGGCAAGUUUUCUACAUCACAGGCCUCACCUUCCUCAGGUGGUAUUUAAGAGACAGGGUCCUCACCAGGUUCCUUAUUCAGUGUGCUAUCCUCUGAACUCCUAAGCCAGACCACCCUGGUUCAUUCUGUCAUCCAUGCUCCUAUUUCCUUUUGGAGUUUCCUCAUGCAUUUUGUUCCUAGGGAAUAAAAAAGCUGUUAGACCUA